AAACAUAGCUUCAAGCGAAGCGCAUCUUGUGAAAAAUAAUAAAAAAAAAAUGUGGAGAAUAAGUAAAUAUGUUGUGGGUCAUUUAACGCCAAAGGCUCAACAGCAAACAGCCAAAACUGUACCUGUAUUACAGCAAAAGUUAAAAUUCAGCACAGAACAAAGAACAGCAAAGACUGAAGUGACAGUUCCUUCCUCAGCGGAUGUUGUUAUAAUUGGUGGAGGCUCGGCUGGCUGUCAUACAUUAUAUCAUUUAGCCAAACGUGGCGUUAAAGCAGUUUUGUUGGAACGUGCCAAACUAACAGCCGGUACCACCUGGCAUACCGCCGGUUUGGUAUGGCGUCUACGACCAAAUGAUGUAGAUAUACAAUUAUUGGCGAAUUCACGUAAUAUGCUAAUGCAAUUGGAAGAGGAAACUGGUUUGGAUCCUGGCUGGAUACAAAAUGGUGGAGUAUUUAUAGCUCACUCAGAUACCCGUUUAGAUGAAUACCGCCGUUUGGCCACAGUGGGCAAUGCUUUAGGCAUUGAAAACUAUGUUCUCACUCCCGAGGAAACCCAGAAAGUAUUCCCUCUAUUGGAUCCCAAAUCUUUUAUUGGUGCUUUAUAUUCACCCGGUGAUGGUGUUGUAGAUCCAGCCAUGUUGUGUACCGCUUUAACGAGAGCAGCUAGUAAAAAUGGCGGUAAAGUGAUAGAGAAUUGUUCAGUAGAUGAUUUAGUGGUGGAAAAUACGGGACGAGGUAAAAAGAUAGUGGGUGUUUCAACCCCUUAUGGCACCAUUAAAACAAAUACUGUAGUCAAUGCCACCGGUGUUUGGGGUAGAGAUUUGAUAGAAAAACAUGGCUCAUUUUUGCCUUUAAUACCCAUGAAACAUGCUUAUAUUUUAUCGGAAUCGAUACCUGGUGUUAGGGGUUUGCCGAAUAUACGUGAUCAUGAUUAUUCCAUAUACUUUAGAAUACAAGGUGAUGCUAUACAAAUGGGUGGUUAUGAACCUAAUCCAAUUUUAUUGGAUCCUGUAGCUAAAGAUUUUCAUUUCGGAUUGUAUGAUUUGGAUUGGUCGGUAUUCGAUGCUCAUUUAAAUGGUGCCGUUAAAUUGUGUCCUUCUUAUGGUGAUUAUGGUGUAAAGAGUACUGUUUGUGGUCCUGAGUCUUUUACACCAGAUCAUAAACCUUUAAUGGGACCUGAUACAGUUAUUAGCGGUUUGUAUCAUAAUUGUGGUUUUAAUUCGGCUGGCAUGAUGUUUGGUGGCGGCUGUGGUGAACAAACUGCUUUGUGGGUCAUCAAUGGGAAACCAGAUUUGCCCAUGUUUGGAUUUGAUCUCAGACGUUUUACCGACAAACAGAGUCAGGCUACCCAAUGGAUUAAUGAAAAGUCUCAUGAAAGUUAUGCCAAAAAUUACAGUAUGGUCUUUAAAUACGAUCAACCUAUGGCUGGACGUGAUUCAAAAGAUCCCCUACAUGAAGAUAUGCUGUCCUAUAAUGCCUUUAUGGAAGAGAAACAGGGAUGGGAACGUCCCGGAUUCUUUUUACAAAAACCUGCACCCGCAUUACCCUACGAUUGGUAUGGCAGUUAUGGCAAUGAACGCCAUAAGGAUUGUGCUUAUGAGAGUGUAUUAGAUGGAGAUUUAAAAUAUGGCAGUUUUUCGGAACAUCACAAUUUGAUUGGUGAAGAGGCCAUGGCAUGCCGUAACAAUGCUGUGGUAUUUAAUAUGAGCUAUUUUUGUAAACUCUAUUUGGAAGGACCCGAUGCCCAAAAGGCCGCCGAUUGGAUAUUUUCGGCGAAUACUAAUCGCGAUGUUAAAAAGUAA